CUACAAGAAAGAUGAAGAAUUUCACAAGAGGAGAAACUAGAGUUGAACAAGAGGAAGGAGGAGGAGGUAGAAAUUACGAGAUUGCCCCUCCACCAGCCCUCAGGGCGCCAGCCCAUAUCAUCGCCCGCGUCUUCUCUCAGCUCGACUGCGUCGAUCUCAUCAACUGCUCUCUCGUCUGCAAACAAUUGUACAAGGACUCUGCUGAGCUUAGGGAGGGAUGGAAGAAUGAAUACUUGGAGGCUUGCAGUUUAUAUGGAAUGUGCAUUAAAAGGGACACUCAUCCUCCAUCAUCCAAUUGCUCGAUAAUAGGAACCUCAGAAAACCCUGAUUCCUGCUCCGACUCAUUUAUUUACACAUCAUGAGUAUUCAAAUUAUGAGGACAGACUUGCAUUUUCCAGUUUGAGGAUUUUAAGUAAAUUCUCGCCUAUACAUGUAUAGUAUUAUAUCUGUAUAUAUGUAUUCUUAUGCAUUUAUAUUGUUUGUCAUCGGGUUGUAUGAACUCUGAUAACAUUGUGAGUAAAAAAGAGGCUUUGGAGGCACUAAUUCGUUUAUUAGGAAAGGUUGCUUCUACGAUACUGAUCCUUCGACAAAUCUUCGGCAAAAGGAAAUGCUUUAGCUGGCAUUUUAGCAGGAAAAAGGAUGCUCAAAGAGGUGUUACUCAGAAUUCUAUGCUUCCCACCUGAAUAAUUCUCAAAGAAGAUAAAAAGAGGCUUGUGCUCGUAAAUCUCAAAAAAGCAUUCAAAAUACUGUAAGUUUCUAGCAUACUUAGACAGUAUCCAGGCUGAAGCAUCUUCACUUUAUAGUUCUCUUGCAUUGUUUUUUGCAGAGUUUCUUGCU